CUGGAUUGGAAUUUUAAAUAAAGUCAUGGACUAUUGAAUAACUGGACAUGUGACAACAGCGUCUGUACGGUGAGAUAAUGGAGGCUACACGUUAGGUUAGCUAAACGUAUUAUGGGUUUAUGGAAUAAGAUAAAAUGACGAUCGGCGUGACUUUCAGCUUUGACGAGUCGCUCUUUGUGGAAGAGCGCAAAAUUUCAGUUCCAGGUAUGGUCUGUGCCAACAACGACUUCAAAGUCGACUUCCCAUACAACUUACCAAAAAUCGAUAAUUCCCAGCACAUUUCCAAAAGUAUUGCACGAAUUGCCCUGAGUACCUUUGAAGGGAGACGAUGUGAGGUAUGGGAACCCGAAAACACUUUGUGUUUAAGCAGAGAACUUUCAGCUGAUAAUGUAGAAUAUAUCGAAGAUACCAGCGGAUACACGACGUCAAUGGCCAGUGUCUCCGAUUAUAUGAAACCGUCAUGUGGUUCUGAAAGUAGUUUUCAGCCAGAAAGAGGUUAUGAUGUAACUCAUAUCAAAGAAAUGGAAAAUCGGAAGGAGUCAUUGCACAACUCAGUAGAUAACAUACUGGAGGGAAACAAACGCAUAUCGCAAGAUUUUUACAGCAAGAUUUUAGAUGAUACCCUAAAUGAAAUACAAAGUUUGGAGAAGGAAAGAGAAGAACGACUUGCGGAACUGGAGAGAAAGAGGGAAGCUAAAUUAAAGACCGAACAAAAGGCUGCAGAACUAGCACAAACUCAGACCUCCAAUAGCAUGGAUAAGGAUGAUAGAAAGACUAACACAAGUUUAGCUGUUGGAUCUGGCACUAAGGAUACACAAAAUCCUUCACUUAUGCCAUCACAUCAUGUCAAUCAUUCAUAUUCCCCCCAAAACAUUUACACUGAGAAAUAUGAUGCGUAUCUUGAAGAUUACAAUUCUCUAAAGAAUAUAUACGAUAAUGUAAUGAAUAACAUGGAAUAUAAACCAUACAGAAUCGCAAUUUCUAGAAAAGUAACGACAUGUAUAAACGCAGUUGCAGGUACAACGAGGCAGGUUGAUUUGUCAUUUUCCACAAUUUCUGCCAUUUUAAAUGAGUGUGGUCACAAUGACCUAAAGAUUUAUGCCAUAUUUAGAAUUGUACAAAAUGUAUUCGAUAUGUGCGAGCCAGGCUGUCAAAUUUACCUCAAUAAAAAAUCAGUUUGGCCAUUUGCACAUUUGAUACGCGGCUUACUCACAUUAAGUGACUAUGCAAGGGUAAUUUAUUUUUCUUUACUGCUAAAAAGGUCUCAAUAUGCAAUUCCGAGGUUGUUUAUUGGUGAAGACAUUGAAACUCUUUGCAAACAUCAUGAGAUAAAGGAUUUAAAUUCAGAUUCCACUUUCAAACAUAUACAAGCCUUCGUAAGGUUACAUCUUUCUAUUCUUGUUGUUUUAAAUGAUCACACACUCUUGUGGAGUUGGUUUGCAGGAUUUAUAAACUCGUGCUGGUCCAAGGUUUUAAAGGCUACGUUGGCGGCUGUUUUAAUUACAGCACUUGAAACUUGUGCAUUUUAUCUUUUAGGAGUAUACAAUAAGCAGUUCCACAAGGUACUUGCGAACUGUGAGGAGUUACUCCAACAUGAGCUAGAAUUGCCAGAAAACAAGAAAUUUGCUCCAACUGAAAUGUAUAUUGGCCAACUUAAAAUGUUUUUUCUUGAUUUCAGGAAAUCUGGAAAAAUAAACGAACCAGAUGGUUACCAAAUGAAGCACCAUGAAGAGGAGCUCAGAAUGAAUUAA